CCAGUGCCAGCCCGCGCCGCCAGGCUCGCAAGCACCGCGCAGUCCAGCUGGCCGGAUCCCGCCGUCUGUCAUGGCGGCACCCAUCCUGAAAGAUGUAGUGGCCUAUGUUGAAGUGUGGUCAUCCAAUGGAACAGAAAAUUAUUCAAAGACAUUUACAACGCAGCUUGUGGAUAUGGGGGCAAAGGUUUCAAAAACUUUCAACAAACAAGUAACUCACGUUAUCUUCAAAGAUGGCUACCAGAGCACUUGGGACAAAGCUCAGAAGAGAGGUGUAAAGCUCGUUUCGGUGCUCUGGGUUGAAAAAUGCAGGACAGCUGGAGCACACAUUGAUGAAUCAUUGUUCCCUGCAGCUAAUACGAAUGAACAGUUACCAAGCGUAAUUAAAAAAAAACGUAAAUGUAUGCAGCCCAAAGAUUUUAAUUUUAAAACACCGGAAAAUGAUAAGAGAUUUCAGAAGAAAUUUGAGAAAAUGGCUAAAGAGCUACAAAGGCAAAAAGCAAGUCUAGAUGAUGAUGUACCUAUUCUCCUAUUUGAAUCUGGUGGUUCAUUAACAUAUAGUCCCACAAUUAAAAUUAAUAGUAGUCACCACAGCGCAAUGGAGAAGAGAUUACAAGAGAUGAAGGAGAAAAGGGAAAAUCUUUCCCCCAGCUCUUCCCAAAUGAUUCAGCAGUCUGAUGAUAAUCCAAGUAACUCUCUGUGUGAAGCACCUUUGAACAUUGCACAUGAUGCUUUGUGUUCAGAUGAAUCCUUUGCUGGUGGCGUACACUCAUCUUUUGAUGAUCUUUGUGGAAACUCAGGAUGUGGAAAUCAGGAAAGGAAGUUGGGAGGAUCCAUUAAUGACAUUGAAAGUGAUAUGUGUAUUUCUUCACUUGUAUUGAAAGCAAAUAAUAUUCAUUCAUCACCAUCUUUCACUCACCUUGAUAAAUCAAGUCCUCAGAAAUUUCUGAGUAAUCUUUCAAAGGAAGAAAUAAACUUGCAAAGAAAUAUUGCCGGUAAAAUAGUCACCCCUGACCAAAAGCAGGCUGCAGGUAUGUCUCAGGAGACGUUUGAAGAGAAGUAUCGUUUGUCUCCUACGUUAUCUUCAACAAAAGGCCACCUUUUGAUACGUUCAAGACCCAGUAGUUCGUCAGUAAAGAGACAAAGAGUAUCACAUGGCUCCCACUCACCUCCAAAGGAAAAAAGCAAGAGAAAGAGGAGCAUCAGGAGAUCUAUCAUGCCGAGGCUGCAGCUGUGCAGGUCGGAAGGCAGCCUGCAGCACGUGGCGGGACCUGCGCUGGAGGCUCUUAGCUGUGGGGAGUCUUCAUAUGAUGACUAUUUUUCACCUGAUAAUCUUAAGGAAAGGAAUUCAGAGAAUCUUCCUCCCACAUCUCAGCUGCCAUCAACCCUUGCUCAGUUCAGCUGUAGAAGUCUUUCUAAGAAGGAGAGAACAAGCAUACUUGAAAUGUCUGAUUUUUCCUGCAUUGGUAAAAAAACCAGAACAGUUGACAUUACCAGUUUCACAGCAAAAACCAUCUCCAGUCCUCAGAAAACUGCAAAUGGUGAAGGCCGUGCAACUUUGAGUUGCGUGACUUCUGAGGAAUCCUCUGCCCCUGAAGAAACCCUAAGGUGUUGUAGACAGGCUGGGAAAGAAGACGCAUGCCCAGAGGGAAAUGGCUUUUCUUACACCAUUGAGGACCCCGCUCUUCCAAAAGGACACGAUGGUGAUUUAACUCCUUUGGAAGGAAGCCUUGAAGAAGUGAAAGAAGCGGUUGGUCUGAAAAGCACACAGAACAAAGGUACCACUUCCAAAAUAUCAAACUCCUCUGAAGGUGAAGCCCAGAGUGAACAUGAGCCAUGUUUUAUAGUUGACUGUAACAUGGAGACGUCUACAGAAGAAAAGGAAAACUUACCCGGAGGAUACGGUGGAAGUGUUAAAAAUAGACCAACAAGGCAUGAUCUUUUAGAUGACUCAUGUGACAGCUUUAAGGACCUCAUCAAACCUCAUGAGGAAUUGAAGAAAAGUGGGAGAGGCAAAAAGCCAACAAGAACAUUAGUCAUGACAAGCAUGCCAUCUGAAAAGCAGAAUAUCGUCAUCCAGGUUGUGGAUAAAUUGAAAGGCUUUUCAAUUGCGCCAGACGUCUGUGAGACCACGACUCACGUGCUUUCCGGGAAGCCACUUCGCACCCUGAAUGUGCUGCUGGGAAUCGCGCGUGGCUGCUGGGUUCUCUCUUAUGAUUGGGUGCUAUGGUCUUUAGAAUUGGGUCAUUGGAUUUCUGAGGAGCCGUUCGAACUGUCUAACCACUUCCCUGCAGCUCCUCUGUGCCGAAGUGAGUGCCACUUGUCUGCAGGGCCGUAUCGUGGAACCCUCUUUGCCGACCAGCCAGUGAUGUUUGUCUCGCCUGCCAGCAGCCCCCCAGUGGCCAAGCUCUGUGAACUAGUCCACCUGUGUGGAGGCCGGGUCAGCCAAGUCCCCCGCCAGGCCAGCAUCGUCAUCGGGCCCUACAGCGGAAAGAAGAAAGCAACAGUCAAGUAUCUGUCCGAGAAAUGGGUCUUAGAUUCCAUCACCCAGCACAAGGUCUGUGCCUCUGAAAACUACCUAUUGCCACAACGACAGUGACCUCAUUGGCCUGUGGUGACUGCACACAGCUCGCAAAACUGUCUUUGGAUGUUCAAAUGAGAAACAAAACUGUGAAGAGAACGAACUGGCGUAUACAAGAUGACUUCUGAUAGCAUGUUUGCCAUGUGUCGUGGUUCUUAAGAACUCUCAGGUGACUUUCUGAUGACUGAAUGUGUGUUUCAGAGAGGCUUCAGGCCUUUUUAUUUUAUAUUAUUAUAUUUUUUGAGACAGUCUUGCUCUGUCACCCAGGCUGGAGUUCAAUGGUGCAAUCUCGGCUCACUGCAACCUCCACCUCCCAGGUUCAAGCGAUUCUCCUGCCUCAGACUCCUGAGUAGCUGGGAUUACAGAUGUGUGCCACCAUGCCUGGCUAAUUUUUGUAUUUUUAGUAGAGACAGGGUUUCGCCAUGUUGGCCAGGCUGGUCUCAAACGCCUGACCUUAGGUGAUCUGUCGGGCCUCUUCUAUAGAAUUCCAGUCUUUGUAUCUUAGUAAUGAUCAUAAUUGAAAGGUCACAGAACCUUUGUCAUUAGAACACAGUACUGCCAAAUAAAGGAUGGAAAUUCAUUGACAUUGUUUUAUUACUGAGAACAACUAGAGAACUCUGAAAGUUUCUUUGCUUAAACUCGAUCUUUAUUAAUACAUUAUCCAUUAGGUAGGAAAGACAUUUCUCAGUUAUUAAGGUGACUUUUAUCUAGCGGAGAUUCCUCUCUUAAAGUAAUGAAAGGAGAUAGGUAUGGGGGGUGUUAUACAGGAUAAUUGGUGCCAUCUGAGUGUCUUACUUCUGCAAGCCUGCUUUAUGGUGAGCAAAGCAUCACCAACAAGGGAUCACAAUGUCCAUUGGCCACUUUUUGCUUGCCAUCCUCGAGAUGAAAUUGGCAGCUGGGGCUGAUUCAUAGAAACACCGAUUUCUGGCUGAGCACAGUGGCUCACACCUCUAAUCCCAGCCCUUUGGGAGGCUGAGGUGGACAGAUCACUUGAGGUCAGGAGUUCGAGACCAGCCUGGCCAAGGUGGCAAAACCCAUCUCUACUAAAAAUACAAAAAUCAGCUGGGUGUGGUGGCACACACCUGUGGUCCCAGCUCCUCAGGAGGCUGAGGCAGGACAAUCGCCUGAACCCAGGAGGUGGAGGUUGCAAUGAGCCGAGGUUGCAGUGAAUCAAGAUUGCUCCACUUCACUCCAGCCUAGGCAACAGAGUAAUUCUCCAUCUCAAAUAAAUAAAUAAAUAAGAAACACCGAUGUGUCUGUCACCUUCUAAACAAAUGAAAUGCUAGGAAGUCCUAACCAGAGUGAUCAGGCAAGAAUAAGCCAUAAAAGUCAUCCAAUUAGGAAAAGAAGUCAAACUGUCUGUCUUCACUGCCAAUAUGAUUCCAUACCUAGAAAACCCUAAAGACUCUGCCAAAAGGCUCCUGGAACCGAUAAACGACUUCAGUAAAGUUUCAGGAUAGAAAAUCCAUGUACAAACAUUAGCAUUUCUAUACACAAUAGCAUUCAAGCUAAGCACCAAAUAAAAAACGCAAUCCCAUUUCCAAUAGCCACGGAAUGAAAUACCUAGGAACACAUGUAACCAAGGAGGCUAAGGAUCUCUACAAGGAGAACCAUAAACGAGAUGCUGAGUCCCAGCGAGGUCGGAGGUGCCACUGAGCCCUCAUCAUGGUGCUGUUCCCACUCCGGGUUAUUUAUCUGUUGCUCAUCUCAGCUGUUGUUCCUACCUCAAAUUUCAAGUCCCUCAACAAAUAUAACAGAAUCACUUCUAGAAUGAACCUUUGAGAAGGGAGGUAGCGGUGCAUUGUAUAGAAAUUGGCAUUCUAUAGAAAACUAUAGAAACUAGAAAUAAUGAAGGGUUUUCUCGGUUUUAAAAUAAUAUAUACACCCAAAUCAUCCCCUCAUGAUACUCAUCCUGUAACAGCAAUUGAACGUCAGUAUGAUGCGUCAUUCCUGAGUUCACUUGCUUCACAUUACAUAUGUUUCUGUAUAACCACAAGCAUCCUGGCUUGGUAGCGCUCCCACAGCACCAAAAAUCCCUACGGAGGCUGACAAACAUUGUGCUGACUCAUGCUGGGGACAAACCACAGAGAACUUCCAUCCCCCACCACAUCAGCCAUAGAGCCAGCCCAGCCUCUGCCCACCCAGGCCUCAGUCCUCAAUGUUAGGUUCUGAUCCCUGAUGCUGGCCUGCCAGUAGUCAGUCAAGAUUCUCUUUCUGAAAGCUAAUAUUUUAUGAGGACUGACAUUACACUAAGCAUAUUAUAUGUUGCACUUCAUUUCACCCUUCCGACAAUCCUAUUAGUAGCCUGCUGUGGGUCUGCAAAGCCUUACUCAAAACAUAUAGGGCUAGAGGUUCUCAGGAUUCUGAAUUUUUAAACAAUUUUUCAAAGGCUUAUGGCUCUCACCACUUUUAUUCAAUGUUGCAUUAAAAAUUCUACCCAGAGAAGGCAAUACAAGGAAAUUAAAGCUAUACAGAUUGGAAGUGGAGAAAUAAAAGUCUUUUUUCUCAAGAAUACAAGACACUAUGUAUAGAAAUUGUAAGGAAUACAAAAAAAAAAACCCUACAAGAACUUAUAACAAGUUUAGCAAGAUUGUAAUAUCCAAAGUUAAUAUAGAAAACUAACAGAAUUGUAUUUAUAUAUAUUGUCAAUAAGCAAUUCAAAAUGAAAUUAAGACCACGAUUCCAUUUAAAAUUGCAUCUAAAAAUAAACAAAAUAGGAAUAGACUUGGCAACACAAGUAUAACAUCUGUAUACUGAAACCUGUAAAACAUUGCUGAAAGAAGUUAAAGACUUAAAUAGAGAAAUAUACAAAGUUCAUGGAUUAGAAGAUGCAAUAUUGUUAAGAUGAUAGUUCUCAAAUUGAUGUAUAGAUUCAUUAAAAUCUCAGGUGGCUUUUUUGUAGAAUUUGAAAAGCUGAUGCUAAAUUUUUUAUGAAAAUGCAAAGAACCCCUAGUAGACAAAACAAUUUUUUUAAGAGCAAAGUUGGAGGAUUUAUAGAACCUGAUUCCAAAACUGUCUAUAAAACUACAACAAUCACAAAGUAUCAGCCACGUGGCGUGGUUCACACCUGUAAUCCCAGCUCUCUGGGAGGCUGAGGUGGGUGGAUCACUUGAGGUCAGGAGUUUAAGACCAGCCUGGCCAACUUGGUGAAACCUCCUCUCUACUAGAAAUACAAAAAAUUAGCCAGGCAUGAUGGCACACACCUGUAAUCUCAGUAACUCAGGAGGCUGAAGCAGGAGAAUAGCUGGAACCCAGGAGAGUCCAUCUCAACAACAACGACAAAAGUAUCAUAUUGGCAUAAGAAUAGACAUGUAAAUCAAAUAACAAAAUAGAGAAUUCAGGUAUAAAUCUUCAUAUUUAUGGCUGAUUGACUUUGAACAAAGGUGCUGAGGCAAUUCAGUGUAGUAGCAUAUUCUUUUCAACAAAUGGUGCUGGCAGAAGAAAAAAAAAAGCACUUGGAUCCUUACCUCACACCAUGCACAAAAAUUAGCUCAACAUGGACUAAAUCAGGGUUUCUCAACCUCAGCAGUGUUGGCAUUUGUGGGGGUGGAUGUUGAUAAUUCUCUGCUGUGGAGAGCUGUCCUGUGCACUGUAGAAUGUUUAGCUGCAUCCUGGCCUCUGCCUAUUAGAUGCCAGUGGCACCCCUCUGCUGACACACACCUAGUUGUGACAAUCUCCAUCUCCAGAUAUUCCCAAAUGUGCCCUGGAGAGCAAAACUAUUUCCGGUUGAGAACCAUUGACCUAAGGUAAAAAAUAAAAUGUAUAGAAGAAAGCACAGCAGGAAAUCAUUCUGACCUUAGGUUAGGCAAAGAUUUCUUAAAUAUGACACUAAAGGCACAAUUCAUUAAAAAAAUAAGUUGGGCUUUGUCAAAAUUUUAAGUUUUGCUCUUCUGAAGAAACCAUUAACAAAAAAAUGAAAAAACAAACCACAGACUAUGCAAAAAUACUUGCAACUCAUAUAUCUAAUAAAGGACUUGUACCCAGACCAUAUAAAGAACUCAAAACUCAUUAAUAAAAGGAUAAAGAAAAAGCUGGAAACAAUUCAUGCAAGAAGAUAUACAAAUGUUAAGCACAUUAAAAUGCUCAAUAUUAUUAGUCACUAGGGAAAUACAAAUUAAAGGCACAAUGAAAUACCUAUUACACACCCACUAGAAUGACUGUAAACAAUAAGACUGAUAAUUCCAAAAUCUGACCAGGAUAUGGAGAAACUAGAACUCUCCUACAUUUCUGGCAUGACUGCAAAAUGAUACAGCCACUUUGAAACACCAUUUGGCAGUUGCUUAAAAGAUUGAACAUUCAACUACCAUAUGACCCAGCAAUUUCACUCUUAGGUAUAUAACCAAAAUACAUGAAAACAUGGAUCUGUACAAGGUCUUGUAUACAAAUGUUCAUAGCAACAUUAUUCAUAAUAACCAAAAAUUAGCCCAUGAACUGAAAAGUAGAUAAACAAAAUGUAUAUCCACACCAUGGAAUGCUACUCAGCAAACUUCUAAAAAGCAAGAAACUACUAACACGUGCAACAACAUGAAUGAGCCUCAGAAAUAUAAGUGAAAGAGGUCAGACACAAAAGAUACAGAUUGUAUGAUUCCAUUUAGAUACCAUUUCUACAAACCGCAAAACUGUAGAGGCAUGAAACAGAUUCAUGGUCUCCCGCAGCUGGGGAUGGGAGUGGGAACAGACAGCAAACAUUUUGGGAUGAUGGAAAAAUUCUAAAACUGGAUUGUGAUUUUGGUUACACAACUGUAUACAUUUACUAAAAUCACUGAACAGAUCACUUUUAAUGGGUAAGCUUUAAGGCAUGUGAAUUAUACAUCAAUAAAGCUAUUUUUUUAAAGAA